AGAGAGAGAGAGAGAGAGAGAAGGCUGGAGAGAGGCAGAGCAUCCAGCUCUGGCGGUGCUGCAGCAGCGCUGCGCGAGGAGCACGGAGUGAACGGACACAGUGAACGGACACGGCGGACGCGCGCGAGACCCGCAGAGCCGUGAAAUGAGAGAGUAACAGGCAUUAAGAAAUGUCUCAGAAGAAGAUAUUCCUUGUUCUGGUGGCGAUUACUACUGUCAGCUUCCUGUUGCAUCAUGGGGGUCACCUCAGCUGGACUAUGGAAGCAUUCCGAUUGGGCUGCUCGUCCAUGCGCUUCUCUUUCUCUUCAGACGGUGGCAGUCCUCGCCACAAGCACACCAGCGUCGUUUUCCUGAAGACGCACAAGACGGCCAGCACCACAGUGCAGAACAUCCUUUUUCGCUUUGCAGAGCGCAACAACCUGACUGUGGCGCUGCCUGUCACAGCUUGUGACCACCAGUUCUGCUACCCACGCCUCUUCAGUAGCCAUUUUGUUCAUCCACACACCACGCCACCGGACAUCAUCACCAACCACUUGCGCUUUAGUCGUUCCGAAGUGCACCGCCUCAUGCCCAAUGACACUUUCUACAUCACUAUCCUGCGAGAGCCAGGUGCCAUGUUCGAGUCACUGUUCAGCUACUAUAAUCAGUACUGCCAGAGCUUCAAGCGUGUCCCCAAUGGCUCCCUAGAGGCUUUUCUGGACGAGCCCUGGUCCUACUACCGUCCAGAAGAAAAGGACGCCAUGUAUGCAAGGAACACGUUGACCUUCGACUUAGGUGGUGACAAGGAUCGGCCUUCGGCAGACACCAAAAUGUAUGCAAAGCGGUUUGCAGCAGAAGUGGAGCGAACCUUCUCGCUAGUCAUGAUUGCAGAAUAUUUUGAUGAAUCGCUAGUCUUGCUACGACGCCUGUUGUCGUGGGAUUUAGAGGAUGUGCUUUACGUCAAACUCAACAUGCGCACUGCUUCCUCGAAGAGCAGCCUUUCCAAUGAACUAAGGGCCAAAAUACGCUCAUGGAAUGCCAUUGAUGCUGUGCUCUACGACCACUUCAAUGCCUCACUGUGGCGACAACUUAACACAAUUGGCCUAGCAUGUGUGGCUAGAGAAGUGCAGCUCCUGAGGCGUGCCCGGGACCAGCUGGUCCGCAGCUGCUUUGGCGGUCGACUGCCUCAGCUGCGUUCAGCUGCUCAGAUCACCAACAAGGAUCUGCGGCCCUGGCAGCCCAGCUCCAAAGUGGCUAUUGUUGGUUAUGAUCUGCCUGCUAACAUUUCAAAUAAAAGCUCAGGCCUUCCUCAGGAGAUGUGCCUGAAGCUCAUUAUGCCUGAAGUGCAAUACACACGGCUAUUGCUGCGUUCAGAAUCGCUGCGCUACCGGAAUAGGUUUCCAUUACGUUCAUCCCAACAGACCCUGAAACGGUCAGGGCAACGACGAGAAAUCUCUGUCCUGAGCUCUACCCAGCGACCUUCAGGUGCACUAGGUAGAACCACCAGAGGAACUCUACGUUUAACCCAGCAGCCCAUUAAUUAGUUCCAUCAAUCUGUUCUUUUUCUUCUUGUAAACCAGACUUGCAAGAAAAGAUUUGUAAAGGACAGGAAGCUGUGAACAAUGCCUGCCAUUACAAUUAGAUUAAUGAUUCUCAGGACUACAAGAGACUAGGUGGGCUAAUGAGCCUUACACACACAAGUGUGAGGCUUGCAGAACCUCUCUAAUUACCCUGGAUCUGGAUCUGUGAAGCUCAUAAAGGCCAGCAUGUGUGUGACGUAGGCUGUAGAAUAUGACACUAUAUAAUUGCAGCAUUUAAACAAAAAUUCUGCCUCUGCAAGCAAGCACAUGGACCAUAUUUUUUAUGCCUCUGGUCUUUGGAGAGAAGAGAUAUCUAUGAGUAGGUUUGCCUUCUUCACGUUCUAGCAAUGUCGGCCAGUGCCAGCCAAAUGAUGUUAAGGCAUGCAAGGUAUUUUCAAACAAGCAGGCCUACACCAUUAAGCAUCUAUAUGUGUGCAAGUGUGUUUACCGAAGUGAGGCCUCUGCCAAAUUAUGUGGUUCUGUAAACCAGCCCUGCACUUGUGGUCUCAACCCUGUCUCGCUCUUGACAGUUGGUGAUGAUGCAACCCUCUCAAAGGACGUGAAGCAUUUAAAUAUUUAAUCAUUUAAUCUUCAGUCUUUCCUUGGCCGCCGCUUGGGUUACACUGGCCUGCAUUUCAUGAGAGCACAGUGGAGUAUGCCAAGCUGGCUCAGAGCAGAGGACGGCGGAAAGAAUUAAAAAGGAUGAACACAGUUGAGGGCGAAUGAAAGAAUCCACCAUCACGCUAACGUGCAGGCCUAGACGAGUUCUUUUAAGUAGUUUGAGGUGACACAGUGCCCUUUUUAAUGCGAAGAGACUAGGGAUAAGUAGUACAAUAUAAUAAGCACUGUACUCACAUACAGUUGUAAUGAUAAAAGACAGAAGACAUGAUUUAGCUUCAUGUGAGUCCUAUUUGAAUUAAUUUAAACAUUUUUUUCUUGUUAUCUUGUUCUUGGAUUCAUCAUUGCUCUUUAAAAGAGUAUAUCCAGGUUUGUGGACAUGUACUUGUUUAGUCUGAGACAAGUCUAGGUCCACUGUGAUUCUGGUCAUUAAAAUAGUGUGAAAAAUAGUGAAAUAGUGACUUCUCUAUCUGUUUUUCAUGGCAUGAUGGAAUGUCACCCAGAGCUUCAACAUUGGUAAUUUAUUUAUUAAUUAUUAUUAUUAUUAUUAUUAUUAUUAUUAUUAUUAUUAUUAUUAUUAUUAUUAUUAUUAGUGUAUUUUUAAAAUGCUUGUGCAGUUAUUCCCAGGAUCACCCUGAACAAUAUCUAUGAGCCAGGGUGUGCUUUCUGAAUCUAUUGAUUGGGCUUAUUUUUAUUAUUAUGCACAUCAGACAAGUACUUGGAGCAAUAGAGCUGCUAUUUGAAUAUGAAUAUGUGUUAUUUGAUUGUAUGUCUAACCCAGCCUGUAGAUUUUAGACAUCGGGCAUUACACUGUCCGCUGUAUCCUUAUCAUCCUCAUUGUAGCGAUCACAGGUAAGGAGGUUCUGAUUCCACAGAUUGGCUGGAUAACUGUGGCAUGAGAUGUCAUCCAUUGUAAACAAAUUUAAACUUUGAACUAGAGACAGUGGAGUGGCUAUGAGGACAUGGGAAGGUGUGGGUGCUCUUGUUUGAUAAGACUGCACACGGAUUUACAGAGAGCUGAUAUUAAUGAGUCAUUCCAACACCAACUCACUUUGGGCCUCGAAGAUCACACCAUUUCCAUACAUUCCACUGAGUGGCACAUUGUCCCUAUUGUCUUGAGAUCGUGUAUCAUCUUUAAUUCCUGGUAAUAUCACAGCCAUCCAUAUCCCAAAAAAGCAUAAUUGGCUGCACUCUGUCUAAGGUGUAUGAUCUCUCAGCACAAUGUGAGCAGCUGCUGCCAUCUGUUAAUUAAUAUAACAGAGCAUUUAGCAUUCUCUUCCAAACUUGUUGAGCAAUCAAGUAAUGUUGAUGAACUGUGUGAUAGAGUGAGAGCUAGUGGGUGGAAUUGGAUACGACAAAACUGGGCGACUGGGUUAAAAUAAAUGAAUAAAGAAUCCUCUAUUUAUUCUAGGCAACCAUGUAGAUGUUCAGACCAUUACUCUAGUAAUUCUUUGACUAUGAAUGUGCUUUACCAUAUCUUUAUAUUGUGCUUAGACUUUAUUUGGUGAUCAGACAUAACUCUUCUUAUUUGGGAAAAAAAACUUAGGAUUAAUAAAUAGGAUUAAUGUACCAAUCCCUAUUGAGAAAAUAUAGGGUCAAAAAGUCCUCUGAAUUUGACUUUUAUCAUGAUAUCAUUUUAUUUUCUCAAGAAACUUAUACAACUUAAAGUUCUGGUCUAUAUCUUGGCAUUACUCAAAUGAACUCACAGAAAACAAUGUACAGGAAGGGGAAAACUCUCAGGCUAGCUCACAGCUGUUAUGGUUAGCUGUCUGUAGCUCUGUCUAGCCAUGCUACAACAACUGCCUUUCACAAUAAAAGUCCCUGUACAAGACCCGAGAAGCAUUUCUGAAGAACAGGCUACACUAUUAUUCUUAAACUACAAAACACAGGCAUCUGACUCCAUAUUAGUUUUGAAAGAAAUCCAGCAAGCUUACAUACACCAAAAUUUUGCAAAAACAUUCACCUAAAAAUGUCCAUUUAAAGGAAAAUAUUAUUAUUAGUGUUGUAUUUAUAUCUAGCUAAUCUUUCAGCUCAGGUCAGUCAUUCCCCAAGCAGUUAAAGUAAAUAUUUUAAUGUGAUUUAUUGGGCAAACUUUAAAAAUUAAUUAUUUAAAAAUGUUUUGGAGCACAUUUUUUAAAAAUUUAAAUCAUGAAAUCAUGAUUGCAUUAA